AUGUCUUGGGUACUUCAAGUGUGCCUUCCGAAGGCGGGUGUCUGUCGCAAUUUCCCUUGGGAUGUCGUAUUUGCUCCGCUGUCCUAUCAGGGUCUUGGACUUCCACAUCCGUUUGGUUGUCAAGUGUUUAAGCACCUUGAGAUGUUGCUCCGACAUAUGGCCAACAGGACCAAAACUGGUGACUAUAUGGAGGCCAACAUCCAAGCCCAUCAACUUGAAACGGGGACGUCCUUUGGACUUCUGCAACAAGUCUACACCAACACGGCGAUCCUCGCUUCAGACACGUGGUUGAAACGAGUCUGGCAUGAGCUCAAAGGUUUGGACAUCUAUGUCGCCUAUGACUCUCCAGCCCUCUCCCUUCGAUGUACGGACGACUCCCUUCUGAUGGAUCUCUUCAUCAACUUGGAGGUUGAACAGGAGGAACUUUUAUGGCUCAAUUGGUGUCGAAUGUUCCUCCAGGGCUCCUCCACCAUGUCACGUCGCUACGCGCCAGCUCCGUCCCAUCCUUCCUGCCCAUGGUGGACUGCACCGCUUCCUUCUGACGCUCUUCGUGCUACGGUUCGCUCCAUCACUGGGUCUGACAGGGUUCUUCUCACCGGUACUGGCCGUGCCUCUGAACCGUCUUCUUCCUCCAGCCCAUCCAUUCUUCACGCGUGGCAAACGGCUGCCAAGCUCUGUACGGACUAUUACGGGUGGGUCCCCGAUGAGAUCGAGGUUCACGGUGACGAAGCCAUCUUAGCUGAUGCUCUGUUGGACGGUCGCCUGCGUGUGAUCAGCGAUGGAUCCUUCAAGAACGAGUUGGGGACCGCGGCGGUUCAACUCCUGGACCAGAGUCCAUACCGCAGCGAGCUCAUUGGUCUGUUGGCCGGUAUAAUGGCGGUUGAUUGGCUCCUUGAGCAAUGGUCCCCAAACAUUUUGACUGGCCCCAAGGUGCGGAUUGCUUGUGAUGGCCUUUCUGCUAUCAAGAUGGCUUUUGAAGAUCGUCAACUGUCUCCAACUGAUGCCCAGUUUGACCUGGUAUCGUCCAUUCGGGAAGCGAUCCUCCUGUCCUCGGUGGAUUGGGCGCCCCAGCACGUGUAUGGUCACCUUGACAAGUCCAAUCUCUUUGACAAACUUUCUUGGUGGGAGAAACGGAACCUUGAGGUGGAUGGUAUGGCGGUGGAGUACCGUAAGGAACUUGAGACGGCCAAUCAUCUUAUAGCCCCCAACCCUCGUUUUUUCACUAAACUUGCUUGGAGACACUACGGUCACCGAUCAGGUUCCUACUCCUCUAGCCGGCGGUUCCACAUGAGGCCGGCAUCUCACAGGACGGCUGGGAUUAAAAGACCGAUGGCAGCCCUUGACGUCGCUGACGCCCUCUCGCCGUCGGAGGAGUUUGUGAUUUUGGGGGUGGGCCUGGAGCAUCAGUCUCCGCAACCAGUUCCCCAACCGUCAUUAUUCACUGCAUGGGAAGCAGCAUCAGCAGAAGUUGACGAGUACUUUGGAUGGACCCCCGAGGAACUUGAGAUUGUCGGUGAUGAGGGACGGCUGGUGGAGACCUUACUGUCUGGUCACCUCUGCGUGAUCAGCGACGGAUCAUACAAGCGAGCCCUGGGAACGGUGGCUGUGCAACUACUCCCCAGAAAAGGGGAGAAGGACCGCAUCAUUGUUUGGUGCCAGACUCCCGGACUGCCCCAGGAUCAAAGCGCCUAUCGGAGUGAACUGAUCGGCCUGCUCGCCGGCAUCAUGGUUGUUGACUGGUUGCUACACCAGUGGGCGCCAACGCUCCAAUCUAAACCCCGCAUAAGGAUUGCAUGCGAUGGGUUUUCCGCCCUUCUCAAUACCUUUAGCGCUAAUCGAGUCACUCCCCAACAGGCGCAGUUUGACCUGGUCUCUUCCCUCCGCGAGGCCCUUGCGCACUCCAAAGCAUCAUGGGAGCCUAGUCAUGUGUAUGGUCACCUUGAUCACGCUACGCCCUUUUUGUCCCUGUCUUGGUGGUCCAAAAGGAAUGUUGAAGUGGAUAAUUGGGCAGUGGCAUACCGCCAUCAGUUGGAGGCUUCUAACCAACUGAUUGCACCCAAUGCUCGCUUCUUUACUGAGUU